AUGCCAAAGCUUCGAAUGAAAAACUUGUUACUUGCAUGCAUAAGUAUCGCUGGCAUGAUUUUUAUCUUCAACUAUGUUGGGAUUGAAGGCAUGAAGGAUUUAACCGAGCUCUCUAUGCCAGAAGACUUUCAAGAAGAUUCCAAGUCAGGAACGGAAAGCGCAUCGGAAGAAAUGCAUGAAAGCGAAGCGGAACUUGAGCGUCCUUUAGAAAUUAUUAACGAUAAUGAUGAAUACGUAAUUCGGAAUCCUGCAAAGCAAUCGAACAUGAAUGAGUUUGAUGAAAUUGAAGAAGCAAAGAAGAUGAGAGUAUAUGAUCCACCGGAUGACGAUAAAUGGGAAGAUGAAUCUGUGUGGAUUCCGCAAAAAAUUUGGCAAACAGCAAAAAACCCAUUUGAAAGAGAUGUUUUAAAGUAUACUCGCUUUUGGCGAAGCAAUCACCCCAGUUACACUCAUUACGUUUUGGACGAUGCACAGUGUGAACGUCUUGUAACCAGGAAUUUUGGAAAUCCUUCCUUUUCCAAAAUUUCUUCUGCCUAUCAAAUGAUGCCUUUGCCUGUUCUCAAAGCUGAUUUCUUUCGUUAUUUAGUAUUGUUGGCUCAGGGAGGAAUAUACACUGACAUUGAUACAACUCCCAUCAAACAUAUCCGCGAAUGGAUUCCUAGAGAAUUUGAAAAGGAGAAUAUCGGUCUAGUUGUUGGCAUUGAAGCUGAUCCAGAUCGUCCAGAUUGGUACGAUCAUUAUGCACGUCGAAUUCAAUUCUGCCAAUGGACCAUUGCAGCAACUCCGGGACAUCCUGUGCUUUGGGAGUUGGUUCAUAAAAUAACGAUGGGCACUUGGUCUCUUCAUGAGAAGGGCCAGCUUUCAGAAGACAAAGACGCCGUGAUGGAUUGGACAGGGCCUGGUAUCUGGACGGAUUCUGUGUUUGAUUAUCUAAAUUGGCGAUAUGGUCCCUUUACAUGGGAAAACGUGACAGGAAUAGAAACUCCAAAGCUUGUUGGUGACGUAUUGAUUCUGCCUAUUACUUCUUUCAGCCCUGGUGUUGGGCAUAUGGGUUCCAAGUCCGCAAAUGAUCCUACAGCCUAUGUAAAGCAUUACUUUAGUGGCUCUUGGAAAGUUCUUUUAAUUACAUCUUUAUUAAACUGUAUGUCGGAAAAGAAAUGA